AUGAUUUACGUUUUUUCUUUUAAUGAAAAAUACUGCAUUGAUAAAUACACCGUUUCGUUUAUAAUUCCAAAAAGUAUAAAGAUUCAAAAGUUUCAGUGGCAAAAAAUUAAGUCAUUAUAUUUUGGAUAUUUCUGCAGCUUCAACAGCACUGAAUUUCAACUAAAUCGAUCGGCUUUUCAGUCAGACAUCGUCGUUAUUGCUAUUAUUCAAUUUCUGUAA